AUGGCGAGCAUUCACGCGAACAGCGCAAAUCUCGUGUUUGAAAGCAGCGAAGAGGUAAAGGUUGCUCCCACCUUUGACUCGCUUGGUCUGCGCGAGGAUCUUCUGCGCGGCGUCUAUGCAUACAACUUUGAGAAACCCUCGGCGAUCCAGCAGCGCGCCAUUCUCCCCAUUAUCCGCGGCCGCGACGUGAUUGCGCAGGCGCAGUCAGGCACCGGUAAGACCGCGACGUUUUCCAUCUCGAUGCUGCAGUCUAUCGACACCUCGCUGCGCGAUACGCAGGCGCUUGUACUGAGCCCCACGCGCGAGUUGGCGACGCAGAUCCAGAGCGUCGUGCUGGCGCUGGGCGAUUAUAUGAACGUGCAGUGCCAUGCGUGCAUCGGCGGCACGUCUAUCGGGGAGGAUAUCCGCAAGCUGGAGCAUGGCCAGCAUAUUGUGUCGGGGACGCCGGGCCGUGUGUACGAUAUGAUCCGCCGCCGGCACUUGCGCACAAAAAACAUCAAGAUGCUCGUCCUCGACGAGAGCGACGAGCUGCUGAAUAUGGGAUUCAAGGACCAGAUAUACGAUAUCUACCGGUACCUGCCCCCUGCGACGCAAAUUGUACUUCUCUCCGCGACGCUGCCGAACGAUGUGCUCGAGAUGACAACCAAGUUCAUGACCGAUCCUGUCCGGAUCCUUGUGAAGCGCGACGAGCUCACACUCGAAGGAAUCAAACAGUUCUUUGUCGCUGUGGAGAAGGAGGAGUGGAAGUUUGACACACUCAGCGAUCUCUACGAUACACUCACCAUCACCCAAGCUGUGAUUUUUUGCAAUACACGCAGAAAAGUCGAUUGGCUGACGGAGCGCAUGCGCGAGAACAAUUUCCAGGUCAGCAGCAUGCAUGGCGAGAUGCAACAAAAAGAGCGCGACGCUAUUAUGAACGAGUUCCGUCAGGGCAGCAGCCGCGUCCUGAUCACGACCGACGUGUGGGCCCGCGGCAUCGACGUGCAGAACGUCUCGCUGGUGAUUAAUUACGAUUUGCCUACCAACCGCGAGAACUACAUCCACCGUAUUGGGCGUUCGGGCCGGUUCGGGCGUAAGGGCGUCGCGAUCAAUUUCGUCACCAAUGAGGACGUGAAAAUUUUGCGCGAUAUCGAGCAGUACUACAGCACACAAAUCGAUGAAAUGCCGAUGAAAAUUGAUGAUCUGGUGUGA